AAAAAGUCCCCCCAACCCUGUCACCGUCAUCCUCCAUUUGCAGCAGCACCCAGCAGCAGGAGGAGGAGCCAUGGCUAUGGCGUCCGCGCUCCGGCUCUCCCUCCUCGCGCCGCGCGCCGUCUCUAUCUCCGUCUCCGCCUCCGCGGGGCCAGCAGCCUCGCGCCAUCUCCUCUCCCGCCGCCUCGCUCUGCGCCUCCCUCGUCCUCCCCCACGACCCGCCGCCCUCUCCGCCCCAUCCGCCGUGCGGCCGCGCGAGGCCGGGCGCGUCCAGCCGCUCCGCGCCGCUUCCUUCUCAAGCGGUACCGCUCCGGCCGCAGGACCCACCGGCGGAGGAGGCGCCAAGGACUGGCGCGUCUUCCUGGCAUGGUACCUGAUGGCUCUGGAUAAGAAUCCGAUUGCCACUAAGGCGGUCACGUCUGCUGUCCUGACUCUGGCUGGGGACCUCAUCUGCCAGCUUGUUAUUGAUCAAGUUCCAGAGCUUGAUUUGAGGAGAACAUUUGUAUUCACAUUUUUGGGCCUGGCCCUUGUGGCGCCAACUUUACAUUUCUGGUACUUGUAUUUGAGUAAAUUAGUGACAAUCAGUGGAGCACCAGGUGCCAUUGCUCGCCUUAUACUUGAUCAGUUUAUUUUUGCUCCCAUUUUCAUCGGUGUUUUUAUGAGCUUACUGGUCACCUUGGAAGGAAAUCCCUCUCUUUUAGUGCCAAAGCUUAAGCAGGAGUGGUUCUCAUCAGUGUUGGCAAAUUGGCAAUUAUGGAUACCAUUUCAGUUUUUCAAUUUUUAUUUCGUCCCUCAGAAGUUUCAGGUCCUUGCUGCUAAUGUUGUAUCCCUUGCAUGGAAUGUGAUUUUGUCAUUUAAAGCUCACAAGGAAGUUAUCGCAAAAUAGGUCUCCGCAAAUUUGAAGCUGGUGAUGAGGAGCGUUAUUCAUUGAACAGUUGACUCCUGGCCAGGAUAUCCAACUAGUGCAGUUGGUAGCUGUAGGGUCUGUACAUUAUCAUCAUGUUGGAGUGUGUCAUUCUGAUCAGAUUCGACGAAACUGAAUGGACCGUGGUUAUUAUGACAUGGUUUCGUAAUCUGGUGGAGGAUCAUCAAUGACCUUCCUUGCAUAUUAGGACAGGGGUGCCGCUGUGGUUGCUGCCACAAUGAACAUGUCACGUGUGCUGUGUGUUAGUGUUGGUGUUGUGAUGGGUUAUCAAUGAGGGCUACGCAUGGCUGGUGUGCUUCCUUGAGACUUGUUCAAUUGUUAUUAUUACAUCAGCAGUGAAGCAUAUAAUUUGCACGUACUCGUGGUACUCGCCAGCGGUUUGGAUUUUGGAAUAAAUUGGCCGUGUUGUCUUGGAGGAUCAGCAGCAGCAGCAGCAUCAAUGCAUGGAAUGGAUUUUGUUUUUGUUUAGCACGCCCUGCUUUGGAUUUGCCGCCAAGAUGGAACAUCCGUGUCUUCGCCUGUCGUCGGACCAUUAUAUAUGCAUGCUGACACCUGAUGUAUCGAACUAAUUAUUAUUAUAAGGUCAGUCUCAGUGGCCCGUUUCAA